UACGCUUAAUUGUUUUAAUUGAACGCAAUGUACUUGAGGAUCCUCUCCUUUCAACUCCUAUUGAUCUCAAGUUAGUUUUUGAUCGAGAGACGUUGAAAUAGCACGCGUCUUGCAUUUCUUAGAUGUACUGAGUUAAAGCUCGAAAUGCAUGUUACAUACAUCCUGGCCUUUGUACUUAUGAUGGUUGGAGCUCCAACUCAGGGAGUUGAUUGCGAUGGAGGAGACUGUCUGCCGUAUCAUCGUUGCUUGUAUGCCAAGAAGUUGAAGAAAGUUCCGUACUGUGCCGAUGGAUCCGUUUGCUGCAGGCCACCCACGAGACCAACGAAUGACUCGCCAUCGAAAAGAGCCUGCCAGGAGUAUUCAAACGACCAGUCCUUCUGCCCACCGGAGCUUCUAAUUUUCAACGGAAAUGGGACCGACCGACAUGAGCGUCAGUACAUGGCUGUGAUCGGGAAGAGGAGCAGGGGAAGCGCGACGGAAAAGCCGGAAUGGAUAUGCGGCGGGACCGUGAUUCACGAGAGAUACGUGCUAACUGCGGCCCAUUGCAUCCUACUCAUGGAUGAAGACCCGGACUUCUUCGUUGGGCUGGGUGCCUACAACAAAAGCCAGAGCCAGGUGUAUCAAGUAGUCAACGUGACCCAUCACCGGGACUACGACGAAUUGAGCUCAGUUAAUGAUAUUGCCCUGCUGCAGCUGAAUGAAACCAUCGUUUUCAAUGCGAAAAUCAAGCCAGCCUGCCUGGCCACGUCUCCAGUCGAGGACCACGAAGCGCUGACCGUUUGCGGAUGGGGUUACCUGGACUCCGUGAGCAAAAGGCAGCCCGACGAGCUGCGCAAAGCAGACUUGCAGGUACUCCACAUUUCGGACUGCUCCCGGGCCAGCAGUGACAUGCACAUCUGCGCCGGCGGCGUCAACAACAUCAGCGACGUGUGCCGCGGGGACUCGGGAGGACCAUUGGCCAAGUGGCAUCCCAGGUGGGGCGGCUGCCUGGGUCAGGUGAUCGGCAUUGUAUCCACUGGCGGAUUAUGCGACGCCCAAUAUCCGCGUACUAAAUUCACCAACGUUUAUUUCUAUGUCGAGUGGAUUGAAAGUAUCGUUUGGCCUUCCAAAAAUAAGAAAUAG